GGAACCCACUCUCUCCUCCCCGUCGUCUUCCUGCCCGCCGUCCCCCGGCCCGAACCGAAGUGCCGAACCCGAGCUUUUGUUUUCCCGGACCACCGCGACGCUCUCCGCCCGUCAUGCUGCCUUCCCGCCAGGUGGAUUUGGAGGCGGCCGAGGCGCUGGUUAGCAUGAGCGUCUGGGGUCAAAGGUCCCCAACGCCCCGCUCGCCGACGCCCUCCUCCGACUCUUGCGACUCUGCCGCCCCGCACUCGGAUGCCGCCUUUUCGACCAAUGAGACGACGGCUUCAUCGACACUGUGCAUGACUCCGCCUCAGAGUCCCGAAGCCCCGUCUUCCUCGCCCCCUCCCUGUUUUCCGCCACUGGUGCUGGUGCUUCCGCUGAUGACGGCGGGCGGCGCCAAGCUAGUGCAACUGGCGCCGUCUCCCCUCUACUUGGCUUCGGGCGGCCGGGACCGGUCGCGACGACGCAACUACGUGUGCCGCUUUGCCGGCUGCGAGAAAACUUACUUCAAGAGCUCUCACCUGAAAGCGCACCUGCGCACACACACGGGCGAGAAGCCCUUCGGCUGUCGCUGGGAAGGCUGCGAGAAAAAAUUCGCCCGCUCUGACGAACUUUCCCGUCACCGUCGCACGCACACGGGCGAGAAGAAGUUUGCGUGCGGCGUGUGCGCGCGACGCUUCAUGCGCAGCGACCACCUGACCAAACACACUCGCAGACACGCCAAAAGGCCCGCCUCCGCCGCCCCUCGAGACUCGGGAGUGGUCGCCCUCGUGGUCACCGCAAACAAAUGAGUCGCCUCCUGGUCGGGCGAAUGGGAGGAGCUUCCCGCAUGCUGAACUGUAACUGGCUCCGCCUCUUUUCUAUUCCAAAUGCUCAUUCCGGUUUUUGAACUGUGACCUCAAGACCGCACGGCGGUGUUAGCGUCGCGCUAACUUGAAGCCCCGUGUUCACAAAUCAGAAUUAGGUUGAGAAGCUAAAGUUAGCGUGACCGCUACCAAAACGACGUCUCGCUCAGGAAAUAGAAAUAUUUGAAAUGUCAAAAUCUUUUUUUGUACUCUUCUCUGUUCCUGUAUGAAUGAUCUCACGUUGCAUUCGUGGACCAAAGUUGAAGCAUAGACUUCAUAACCUAUUGACAUGACACAGGGCUGAUCCAUACUGGGCCAAUUUCAAAUACUACAAAUAUUUUCAAAACCAAAGCUGCUACCGACCUAAAACCAAAACAGGGACCUACCUUAGCCACAUAUGAGUCUCCAUGAGCAGCAGCAUAAAAAAAUUCAAAGUUGUUCCUUAUAAAAUCCCGAUUCAUGAUUUUUUAUAUACCGUAAUUUUGCACUAUAAGCCGCCACUCGCCAAAUGUGGCAAGAAAACAGCAUUUGCUCAUAGCUAAACCGCACCAAACUAUAAGUCUCAGCUGUUUUCAGUGUAUUAUGGGAUGUUUACACCAAAAGACAUUAACCGGUAACACUUUAUUUGACAGCGGCAUCAUUCGACUGCCAUACAACCAAAACGCCAUGAAGCUUUGAACUAAAUGGGCUUCAUUGCUUCAAGAAGCUUCAUUUGGCCAUCACUGCUCCUUUGGGGGAGACAGUCAACCACCUGCUGUCAACACUGUUGUUGUCCAACAUGCCUCUUAGCAUGCAUUGCAGCGUUGCAGAUGUACAGUGCCCUCCAUAAUUAUUGGCACCCCUGAAAAAGAUGUGUUUUUUAGCUUCUAAUAAUUUUUUUAAAAUUCAAAUAAUAUGGGACCUUAAUGGAAAAAAAGAGAAAAAUCCAACCUUCACCACAUGGCAAAAAAAAUGCCACAUGGCAAAAUCCAUUUUGCCACAUGUCAAAAUACAUUUCGCGACAUGGCAAAAAAAAUGCCACAUGGCAAAAUACAUUUCGCCACUUGACAAAACAAAAUGCCACAUGGCAAAAAAAAUGCCACAUGGCAAAAAAAAAAUGCCAGAUGGCAAAAAUAAUGCCACAUGGCAAAAUCAAUUUUGCUACCUGGCAAAAAAUGCUACAUGGCAAAAAAAAAGUCACAUGACAAAAUCCAUUUUGCCACAUACCAAAAAAUGCCACAUGUCAAAAUACAUUUCGCCACAUGGCAAAAAAAAAAUGCCAGAUGGUGAAAAAAAUAUAAAUGCCAGAUGGCAAAAAUAAUGCCACAUGGCAAAAUCAAUUUUGCCAUAUGGCAAAAAAAAAAUGUCACAUGGCAAAAUCCAUUUUGCCACAUAACUAAAAAAAUGCCACAUGUCAAAAUACAUUUCGUUACAUGGCAAAAAAAAUGUCACAUGGCAAAAUUGAUUUUGCCACAUGGCAAAAAAAAUGUCACAUGGCAAAAAGCUCAAUCUUGGGGCAGUUUACAUGGCGACUCUGCGACACAAAGACGCAAUGACUGAGUUGCGGACUCGCCUCGUGUGCAUAUGGUGUCGGCGAAGACGAAAAAUUCUGAAUCCUGCCUCCAAAGUGGAAGAAUCCAAUUGAGGGGAGCUUCCUCGGCAUGCAUUUCAAAGGCUCCUGCGGCGCGAGAUUGCGCUGUUAACGUCAGCACUCGUACACGUCACAUUGGGCGUGCGCAGCGGUGCUACUAAACAUUAAAAACAGCAAAUAUGGCGCAAUGUCGGCUUUAAUUUACUGUUUUAAUAAUAUUUUAAAAUUAAAUAUGUUGAACGUUUCAAUUUUUGUGCCUUUUUGAACAAAAGAAAAAUGACAUUGCUUCGAGUGGGCGGGCAUAUUUUUUUCCGGGCUGAGGGAGCUUGGUGGGCUCAAAGUGCAUCAUUCUCUGUCGCCCAGUAAAUCUGCACUGCCCCCGAGCGCCUGGCAUGAAUAUUACAUCGUUUUCAUGCGGAAUUGCGACAUUGUUCAAAUGGAGACGCAAAUGCAAAUUUGAAAUUGUUCGUAUUCUCCGAGCGUCACCAUGUAAACGGCCCCUUGGUCUCAUCUGACCAAAGCACACGGUCCCAGUUGAAGCCUGGGACCGUGUAUAUUUUUGGUUCACCAGACACAAAAUCAAGCUCCUCCCAUGGCCAUCUCAGUCCCCAGACCUUGUUUUGUUGGCAAAAGGGGGUUGUACAAAGUAUUAACACCAGGGGUGCUAAUAAUUGUGACACACAUUAUUUGAUGUCAAAUAAUUUUUUCCUUACGUGGGAUUUUUCCCCCCACUGAAUGAAUGCACUUGUAUUGAAGGUUGGAUUUUUCUCUUUUUUUCCAUUAAGGUCCUAUAUUAUUUGAAUUGAAAAAAAAAUAUUUAGGGGUGCCAAUAAUUAUGGAGGGAACUGUAAAUAACAAUCAAAAUUCAUGUUCUGCGCUAAUUAUGUCUUCAGUUACUGUUCCAGUUAUUUCAUUCAUUGCUAGUUAUUGUAGUUGGUAACACUUUAUUUGACAGUGGUGCCUUAAGACUGUCAUUAGACAAUCAUAAUUAUGACAUGACACUGUCAUGAGCAUUAAUGAAUGCUUAUAACAGAUGUCAUUUAGUGUCAUCCGGCUAAUGAUCUCACUUUUGAAUGGAUGUAAAAGAUCCGAGCUGGACAUAAAUGGACUUAGUAACAUAAUUUGCCGGAUGAUAAUCACAUCUGUCGUAAGUAUUCAGUAAUACCUUAUGUCCUAUGACGCCGCUGUCAAAUAAAGUGUUAGUAAAUACUAUAAUAAGCAAUUAAUGAAACAACUGGAACAGUAGCGAACUGAAUAAAUAAUUAGUGGUGCAAUGCAUUCUAGGAGGGAUGUGUUGCCUAUUAACCCAAAUAAAUCAACAAAUAAGCAUACUGGACUAUAAGGCACAGGAUUCAAAAUGAAGAAAAAAAGUAGCGGCUUACAGUCCGAAAUUUACGGUAUGUAUCACAAAACUUAAAUUGGCUAUAAAAACAAAGUAAUUAGAUUGUAAAGUUACAUAAAGUAAAACACGUAAAAGCUGAUUGUUUUUAAUAUGGACGCAGAAAUGUCUAAAAUAAAAUUUAGUGAUACAAAAUCCAACAUGGCUGCCGUAGCAAAACAAUGAGCGUUUUCCGUUGAAAAUUUUUGUGAAUAAAUGCUUAAAUCCCUGAAUUCUUUAUAGAUCUGGACGAAAAACAUUUUCGAUUCUUACGUUAAAAGCAAAAAAAAAAAAAACGUGCAGGUCGCAUUUAUUUUGCGUAAAUAUUGCCAAUUAUAAGGCUAGUCAGUUACGAAAAUUAGCCCAUGUGUAAAGAGCUUUUCCCGUUGAAAAUUCUUGUGAAUCAAUGCUUAAAUCACUUAAUUCUUUAUAGAUAUGGACGUAAAACAGUCUCGAUUCUUGGUUUAAAGCAAAAAACAAACAAAAGUGCAGUAAGCAUUUUUUUAUUGCAAACUAUGAUGCCAAUGCCGUAGCGGCUAAUUUCUCCCAUUGAUUUUUUUUCAUCACGUUUCAAAAUGCAUGCAUGGUACGAAAAAUAUAAUAAUGACCUUGAAUCCUCCAACAAAUUACUCAUCAAUACCUAAUGUGUCCAGUCAAGUAAUUAUGAAGUCUAUGGUUGAAGUGUCGUGCUCGUUCUUAAUGGUCAUCGCACAUCUACUGUUCUGUGACAAUUAUUGAUAUUCUCACUCUGAUACUACCUACUACUACUUUGUAAUAUUUUUAAAACGAUGUAGCCUGGAACAAAAUACCUCAUGUGACUGUUCGUGUAAGGAAGCAUUUCUUUUCAUCAUCAGAUGUUCGUAUUUGUUAAAAAAAAAAAGAAAACAAUAAAAAAAAGAUGAAAACUCGAGUUGAUAAUUUAGCAUUAUGAUUUAAAGCAACACUAGGUAACUUUUCAACCUUUAUAAAAUAUUUUCAUAAGAACAGAAUAUGCAGAAUAAUCAUUGGUCAGGCUAUCACUCACUGGUGUGACACCCCCCCUACCCCCACCUGAGUUCCGGUGGGGGGGGUUUAGCCACACCAGGCCAUAGGUUGCUAACCGUCAUAUGCUUUUGUUUAGCUACAACUGUAUUCAUUACCUUCUUACUAUACAUCCUUCACACGGCCACUGGAAACCCAAAUGUUUUGUUCCAAAUUUUCCAUUCAUUUUAAAUAUCAGAAAAACGUGUGGCAGCGAUUUUUGACUAAACACUUAUCUUCCGUCAGUGGUCAAAAACCACAGCCACCCAUGUUUUUCUGCCAUUUAAUAUGAAUGGAAAAUUUGGACGUGCAUAGCCGUCAAUGGAAUGGAUGUGCAUGGCCUGCAAAAAUGCCAUACACCCCAAAAAAUGCCACAUACCAGAAAAAAAAAUGCAACAUGGCAAAAUAAAUUUUGCCACAUACCCAAAAAAAUGCCACAUGUCAAAA